ACAGCGGCCGGUACUGGUCCAAAGUAGUAGAGGACAAUGACAAUCGAACUGCACGCUGUUGUCACCAGAGAGCCUUGCUUCUUUAUCCGGAUGCUGGCAAAGCAUAUCGGCGUUGAACUCGAACUGAAGGCUCUUAAUUAUGACAAAGAGGGACGUCUGCCCGCGGAGUAUGCUAAGAUCAGUCGGUUACUCAAGGUUCCAGCAAUCAUUGAUGAUGGUUUCAUCUUGUACGAAAGUACUGCCAUCUGCUACUACCUGCUGAACAAGUAUGCACCGGUGUCCCCGCUCUAUCCGAAGGAAGUCGAGAAACGCGCUCGCAGUAGACCAGAUCUUGUGCACAGUGUCAAGCUUCGUGCCAACCUGUUGCAUCCUUCUACAUCCGAGGCAGUAUUGUCAAGAGGAAAAAGCUGACAGGAGACGCACUACGAACGUUCGAGGAUACAGUACUUCGUCCGCUGGAACAGCUGGUCGGCGAUAAAGCUUUUGCCGUCGGCGACGGACUGACGGUGGCGGACAUCCGCCUUGUCUCCUGCAUGGCGUGCUUUGUGCCUCUUCCCGUUGUAGACAAGACUAAGUUCAGCAAGUUGGUUUCUUACUACGAGCGAAUCAAGGCCUUGAUUCCAUGUUUUCACGAGACAUGCGGCUGGAUGCUUGAAGAACGCAGCAAGGAGUGGGAGACGUACGAGUGAGCUCCAUGUCGCGUCACAUAACUGAAGUGGCCAUGGAACUACCAUGCUAUUGAGCACUUUGUUUUGAUAGUCUUGCCGAUGUCUGCGCAAGUAAAGUAAUCAUCAAACAAUACAAUGUCUUUUGUGUAUUGCUCAAACCAGGUGACGUUGCGCAAUAUUUAACUUAAGCUUGUUUUGUGUUUUAUCUCUGCAUCUUUGAGAUGAAGAAGACGGUGAGUCUCGAUCCAAGUGAAAAAGUUUCUCGUGUCAGCAGCAAUACGAGAGGGGUCAUCGAAGUUGUUUUCGAACGGCGGCCACUCAUGUUACGUGUAAAUAAAUU